CCAGCAAGCUCAUAAUCCCACUGCUGAUAGCGUAGCCACACCCAUCAAAUUAAUAGUAUUAAUCGUAGUAGCUAAAUUAGAUCAGCAAGUUGGAGUAAUAUAUAGCAAGGGAGGGCGCGUCAUGGACGCGAUGAGCAGCGCGGUGUUGCAGGGGGCGUGGAGGAAGGGGCCAUGGACGGCGCUGGAGGACCGGCUGCUGACCGAGUACGUGCAGCAGCAGGGCGAGGGCAGCUGGAACUCCGUCGCCAAGCUCACCGGGCUGCGGCGGAGCGGCAAGAGCUGCCGGCUGCGGUGGGUGAACUACCUCCGGCCGGACCUGAAGCGGGGCAAGAUCACCGCCGACGAGGAGACCGUCAUCCUCCAGCUCCACGCCAUGCUCGGCAACAGGUGGUCGGCGAUCGCGCGGUGCCUGCCGGGGAGGACGGACAACGAGAUCAAGAACUACUGGCGGACGCACUUCAAGAAGGCGCGGCCGUCCAGGCGGGCCAGGGCGCAGCUGCUGCACCAGUACCAGCUCCAGCAGCAGCAGCAGCACCGCCAGUACCUCCACGCGCUGCACCUCCUCCAGCAGCAGCAGCAGCAGAUGCAGAUGCAGCUACAGGAGAAUCACCACCACCAGCAGCAGCAGCAGGCGAUGAUGAUGGCGCAGCAGAGCCCGCCGGAGGAGGACCAGGCCGUGAUCACCGCCGUCGGCAACAUGAACAGCAUGGAGACUGCAGAGUGCUACUGCCCGUGCCCGGCGGCGUCGGCGGUGCUCGACCUCCCGCUCCCGGCCGACGACGAGGACGCGCUGUGGGACAGCCUCUGGCGGCUCGUCGACGGCGAGGACGGCUCCAGCGGAGGCGACUCAGGCGAGUACUAGGCUACUGCAUGUGCUAAUACUACUACGGCAAUGUGCAUGUGUCCCGUUGUAAAGAAAGAAAGAAAGGAAGGAGAGGUAUACAAUACUGCCUGCAGGUUAAUUUCAGUACUAUACUGGCCGCUGGGAUAUCAUCCCGGCGGUGAUAGCUAGGAAGGAUCAUGCAUGCAUGCAUGAUCACGCACGCAUGCCAAUAGUUCUUCUUCAUGCAUGUCCCGUGUACAUGUUUACGUUUUUACCCAUGACCAUGAGCCAUGAUGAGCCCAUGAUCAGGUGCACUGUACCAACAUCUUCACUUAGCAUGUCAACAAAGCUAGCUUGUAAAUUGCAGCAGCAACAGCAUCAUGUAAUUUUGGUCUCGCUUCUCAGUCAGUCAAUCAAGCACAUUUUCUUCA